AUGGACAACAACGACACACAGAGCGAGAGUAUGCUGAAUCCCCCAAAUGAAGCAUGCGACGUACAAACGGGAACGUUCGAUAUCGGUGACAGCGGUGCAAUGCCUUGUGACCCAAAUUGUCCGCAAUUUUUUAUUUCUCCUGUUAGGUACUUUGCGGUUUCAUUCCUGCGAGGUACAUCGAACGAAAUCAUGAGAGAAAAGUGGCGUAAGAAGCGUAUGCGUCGUCUGAAGCGAAAGAGAAGAGCACAAAAGAAGUAAAGUCACUGUCUGGUGUCCGCUCGUGCUGUAGCUCCGUCUUUCGCAAACCUCGUCUUCGUCUGGCCUUCUACACCGAUCACGUGCACAAGCAUCAAGCAAUGACA